AAUAAGACAAUAAGACUGUUAUUUACAUUUUUUACUUCAAUAAGCACUGUAAAAAGUCAUUAUAAAGUUGACAUUCAACACAGCUUCAUAUCACAGUUGAGUUCAUCAUGUGUGAGGGGUUACAUUAUAUAGAUAGUCAUAAUUUACAUGUUUUUUCAUGUAAUUUUUUCAUGUUACAUAUUUUACAUGUACUAUGUGCAUGUUAUCUAAAAAUGUCAAAUUGGCCACUUUUUCACUUUGUUUUCCAUUUGGUUAUACUGAGGUAGCGAGAACCAGUUUAUGAAGUAAGUGUAAGAAAGUAGUGCAUUUUUAGCGCCAUUUGUCAGUUUUACAAUAAAAUGGAUGCAUUUUUUGAUAAUUUGAAAGAAAAAGUAAAUCGUAAAAGUGUACGGGGCCCCCAAGGGGGCACCUGCAUCAUUUGGAGGGGUAGGAUUUCCCCCUCUGGCUAUGGGCUACAAACUGUCUACUGGCCAGAGGAGGGAAGAAAGGUGGAAAAGGCCCACAGAGUUGCCCUUAUGGCAGAUUGGAAACUGACUCGGAGUCAGUUUCCACGUGACAAUGUAGAAUGUAACCACCUCUGCCAUACCAAGCUGUGUGUGAACCCCCAGCAUUUGGUAGUGGAGUCCCACUCUAUCAACCAGGAGAGGAUUCACUGCCAGUUGCAGGGGGUGUGCAGCAAGUCACACAUGCCCUGGUGCAUUUUAUGUAAUUAUAUGUAUUUUACAUGUAAAUUUCAUUUCAUUUAGCAUAUUUAGAUGGUGGUUUUGAAUAGCUGGCUGGAAGGGGGUUUCCCCUACCCCAGAAUAUAGGGCGUUAUUAUACAUCCCGUCGCACUGAAUUCCUAUGGUUUUUGAACUUUUGGCCCCCCCUCAAUUUAUUAAUAUCAACUAAUUUCUUACAUCUUUUUUUCAUAUCAGACUUGUUUAAGGUGAUUACUUUUUGCAUAAUGGUGUUGCUUGUUUUUUGUAGAGAAGACUCGGCUGGAGGUGGGGUGUUGGUUGACAUGAGGAUUUUACGAAGAGAAGAACUGCCAAUGGGGGUUUGGCUGAGACCUAUUUGUAGGCCAUAGUUUAUUGCUGCUGCUUUCCUUCCCCUGGAACCGGAUUCUACUUCGACAUAGAGACUAUACAUUUUGGACACGUGGGUGCAGGUGUUACAUUUAAGCCGUAACCUAGUGCCCAGGCCACGCCUCUCUUCAGAGUCCAAGUCCCAGGUUAGGUCACCAUCACAGCCUGGAUUGGCCCGCCCAUGUUCUUUGAACUCUGCGUUGAACAUGCCACAUGUCUUUUCCAGAUGCAGCAGUCUGUAGGAGUCAUUUUCACACCUGUCGGAAUCAGUUAUGUACCUGAUUACUUCCUAACCAGGGGUCUUGGCCGAAGCAGUCGGUGGCACCCAGGCCUGAGCAUCAUUUCCUGCUCCUCACACAGAGAGGGUGGAUGCGUCACCAGUUGUAGGGUUUCCCUGUCAACUCUCGUGAAUGGUGCAGGAAAAACACCAGAAUUGCCUAGCUACAGGGCGCCGCCAUUGUGGACACCCAAAGUUGUGCGGAGAAGAAAAGUUGACAGGAGAUCUGAUUGGUCAUUAACAGAAAAUCUUUGUGAUGGAAUUUAAUAGUGAAAUAUAAGUGAUAAAAAUGACAGGUGACAUAACAGAAUAUGUAGAAAGAUACAGAAGUUAUAAGGGAAGAUCUGAGUGGAGAGGUGAUAUUUGGAUGGACAAUUUCAUUCAGUGCGGAUCUACACUAGUUGUAAACAGGCCAAAAUUUGAAGGAAAAACGCAACGGCAAGCCAUAUAUUUUUUGGUGGAAUUUUGAAGGGGAGAUGAUGAACUUUGCUGAAUGGUGACUGAUUUUUUGAAAAUUGGCUUAAUAAAUAAUUGACAGUGAU